AUGGGCAGUCGAGCGGCAAACGAAAGACCCCAAAGCGCCAAGAUGGCGGCGCCCCUGACAGACGCCGGGGAGUUUGAAAGCUGGCUAAAUGAUCGCUUAGACUCGUUGGAAGUGGAUCGCGAUGUGUACGGGGCGUACAUUUUAGGCAUUCUUCAAGAAGAGGAGAACGACGAGGAGAAAGAAGAUGCGCUUCAGGGGAUUUUAUCGGCGUUUCUGGAUGAGGAUACCAUGGAAGAUGUCUGCAAGCAGAUCAUCAAGCAGUGGACAGAGUUUUCAAGGCAAUCGGCAGCCAGAAAAAAUGCAGAUGCUGAGGUCCAGGCCAUCGCCAGUAUGAUAGAAAAACAGGCUCAGAUUGUGGUGAGACAGAAGGAGGUGACCGAGGAGUCCAAGAAAAGAAAGGAGGCCCUGCUCGCUCAAUAUGCAAACGUAACGGAUGAAGAAGAUGAAGCUGAAGUGGAGGAGCCAGCGAAUGGAAAUGACUUCCCCACAAAUGACAAGUCCUUGUUCAAGAACACCAACGUUGAGGAGGUGCUCAACAGACAAAAACAAAAGCGGGAUCAGGCCCGUGAGGAUUCCCAAAAGAAGAAGGAGGGGGACAAGAUGCAGCGAGAGAAGGACAAACUAGCCAAACAGGAGAGAAAAGACAAGGAGAAGAAGCGUACACAGAAAGGUGAACGCAAAAGAUAAGAGCGGAGAAAGGACAAUUAUUUUUCUGUGCAAGGUUUUGUUAUUUGAACAAAUGAAAUUCUAAAACUGGUCUUUGCCGGUUCAUCAUUCAGACUGGCCUUGUUAAUUACUGCCUGGAUCCCAGGUAGUUCAUUUCCUUAUCAUUUGAGAACAAUGUCCCUGAACAAAACCUUUAGGAGAUGACAGAUGUUUACUGUCAGGCUUCUGCUUGUAAAAUAAAUGAACUUCCAAUACAUCUCACUGUGUUGGUUCAUGUUAAUGCCCACUGUUUCUACACAGCCUCUGAAUAGCAGGGAAUCCUCCCCUUGGUGUUACUUAACCUCAGGUAUACAUGACACAACCAUGUAAAUGUUUGUGUAAUCUUUCAAUAAAAAAAUAAACGGC